AUGGCAUCCAACCCCCCUGCUGCUUGCUGCACCGUGGGUGUUACGCAUGAAGGUGUGCCUAGAGGGACAAUCCAGCAGAUUGACGGCGUUGAGACUUAUUUUUCAUACCCGGAGAGUCAAUCCACCAAACGGGCUAUCCUCCUGUGUACUGAUGUGAUCGGUCACCGCUUUAUUAAUGCUCAACUGAUUGCAGACCAACUGGCGGCCAACGGAUACUUUGUCGUUAUGCCAGACUUAUUUCAUGGCGAUCCUGUACCAUUGAACCGCCCCGCUGGCUUUGAGCUGCAAGCUUGGUUGAACGGUCCGCCUGGUCAUCUUCUAAAUCGUGUGGAGCCGGUGGUUCAGGCGGUCCUGAAAGAGAUGAAGUCUAAUUUGGGUUGCGAGCGUGUCGGUGGAGUUGGUUACUGUUUCGGAGCCAAAUAUGUUAUUCGUCUACUCCAACCUGGUCAGCUCGAUGUCUCCUAUGUGGCGCAUCCUAGCUUUGUCGACAGUGAAGAACUAGCCGCCAUCAAGGGCCCUCUAUCCAUUUCAGCAGCUGAGAUCGAUACCAUCUUUCCCGCCCCCAAGCGCCGCGAAUCUGAGGAUAUCUUACUCAAGACGGGCCAACCAUACCAAGUCAACCUAUUCGGUGGUGUGGAACAUGGGUUUGCAGUCCGAGGGGACCUUUCCACCCCUGCUAUUAAAUUUGCCAAAGAGUCAGCUUUUCUUCAGGCCGUAGCCUGGUUCAACCAGUAUUUGUAA